AUGCACGCCCCGGGCCAGGCCGGGUCAGAGCAGCCAUGCAACGGUCCGUGCAACACCUCCUGGUGGCCGCCUGCUGGCUCCUGCUGUGGCCGACACCAGGAACAACAACGCCAUUGCUGUCUGUCAGCGGUAGCACUGCGCAGUUCCCUGCCGCGAGCGUGGGGGCCUCCCAGGAGCCUCUGCGGGUCACACUGAAAGAUGGCAGCACGGUCGAAGCACUGCCGUGCAGCACUGCCGUGGUCCUAGCCCCGGUCUACACGCGGCCCGGCUGCCAGCCCAUCACCGUCCUGCUGGAGUUCUCCGACGACGGCCGCUUCGUGGCGCUGGUGCGAGGCCGGGCGGCGCUCGUGGACGCUGGGACGGCACUGGCGAUACUGCAGCAGGUGGCGAGCCGGCUACAGCCGCCCGCCCGGCUGGCGCUGCUCGGGCGAUCCGUGGUGAUCGUUUGGGACGUCGUCAGCACGCCGCCGACAGCGGCACCGACUGCGAGCGGUGGGAAGCCCACGCCGACACCGACAGCUGGACCGCCAGCGCCGGACCCGACCGUCGUGACCCCGACGCCGACGAACGUCACUGCGACGGUGAAGCCGGUCACGGAGACUCCAGUGGUGACACCCACCGACUCACUGCCGACGGCCGGUCCCGUCGUCACACCGGCAACACCCACAGAUCCCACUCCUGCUCCCACGCCCCCUACUCCUGCUCCCACAGAUCCCACUCCUGCUCCCCGGCCCCCUACUCCUGCUCCCACAGAUCCCACUCCUGCUCCCACGCACCCCACUCCUGCUGUCCAACGCCCCACUCCAAGACCCACAGAUCCGACUCCUGCUCCCUCUCAUCCCACCCCUGCUCCCACCCCCUCGCUGAUUCCAAUUGACCCUAACGACCUUGUGGGUCUGAUCAACAGCAUCAGGAACACGCCGGGCGCCAAUGUGACCACGGUGUCGGGGGAGUCGCGGAACCGGACCCGCACCGUGACCGUGACCAACGACACGGUCAUCCGUGAAACGGGGUGAUUCCCCCCCCCCCCCCCAUCCUAGGGGAUCUUGGACUCUACCGUCGCCGACAAGCCGCUCACCGACAGCGAAUAAGAUUAAGAUGCGUGAUGAUUUCACUCAACACUCUGUGUGUGGUGGAACUGAAGCUCUCAGAGCCGGAUGCGAUCCAUCCAUCGUCCUGUGCGUGGCGGAGCUGAAGCUCUGAAAGCCGGAUGUGGUCCAUCCAUCGUCCUGUGUGUGGCGGAGCUGAAGCUCUGAAAGCCGGAUGUGGUCCAUCCAUCGUCCUGUGCGUGGUGGAGCUGAAGCUCUGAGUAACAGAUGUAAUCCAUUCACUGCCCUGUGCGUUGUGGAGCUGAAGCUCUGCGAGACGGACGCGGUGCGCGGAGCGCGGUACCAAUCGGCAUCUUCACGACAGCGAAUACAGCUGUCAAUACCA